GAAAAACAUCGACAGAUGGCAAAGAGCAUGUUAUGAUUGAUAUUUCUCGUGAAAAUCCUAUUGUUUUACAUAAACUACCAAGUUCGGAGAAAAGUGUGAUUGACCCAGAACCUAAUAAAAUGGAUUUAACAAUAUUCAGUGACACGUGGAGUGUGAAUCUCGAGUUUGUAAAUCCGUGCAUCACUGGAGAGAGUGAAUGAAACAUGGCGUUUGUUUCUUUCAUAUGUUCCGAAAGUCUCGCACGCUGAUUAACUUCUCAUUUCCAUGGACCCGGUAAAUUCGGUUAUUUUUGAUUUUUUAUGACACUUAUGCUCGAACCCUGUCCGUAAAAAAUCGUGUGUCGCUUGUAAUUGUGUCAAAUUGUCGUGUGUACAAAUUAGAAAAUGCCAUAACGAGAAAAAAAGGAGUUCGCAAGUAUGAGAAGCUUCGACAUUCGACCCACUGUGUAUCUUUUGGAAUGCCGAGCGUUUAUGAAAUAAUAAGGCAGUCAAAAUGACGUCACGGAGUUACACGAAAUCAUAUGGUCGCAAGGUUAACACCGUUUCUCCAGGUAGCAUUCAGUUUGACAAGCUCUUCAGGGAAAACAGCAAUCGACCCUCGGCUGCCAAAUCAGCGGGCAUCGUCGGAAAAUGGGGCAUAACUUCCUUCACGUCAAUCCGCAGCACAAAUAUCAAUGCACAGAGAAGAACCCUUUUAGGACGGACACACACCCACGAUGGCGGAAGACGAGAAGAAGUGCACUCAUCCUACGGUAACAAACGAGCCAAGGUCGACUAUGCAAACCAGAACACCCGAGUGAUUUCCAGCAAAGAUCCCUUUUCCUUUGACACCGACCCUGAGAAAGUCGAGCCUCCCGUUGUGAAGCCAAAAAAGUUUUUCAAAAGUCGAAAUGCGGCUUCAUCAGCGACGGAGGAGACACGCUCUAACGAGACGAAUAAUCGAAAAGUACCUGAACCCCAGCAUGGACGAGGUCGUCCCCCAAAGCAGCCUCAGUCUGCCUCGAAGAUGCUCGCGAAAGCGUCCGUUGCUCAACAGAAAAAAGUGCCGGAGGCUCUGCCAGUCGUGAGCCAAGCACCUAAGGAUGAAGGCAAGCCGCCCAUAGUGCUCAGAAUUUGCAAGGGCACAGCUCGUCUCAUUUGCGGCGACGAAGACUCCGAGGCCGAAACCUACAGGAUUUCCUCGCCCCUCGGAAGUCCGACGAAGCUCGACUUUGAGCGAAAGUCCCCACCUGAGUCCUUUGCUAAAUCCGAGACGAGGUCAACUCGCUCAGCUCAUCAGCCGACUGUCACCACCGUCUCCAUACCCCUGGACGAUUCCGACACCCGGAGAACAACCCGCAGUCGUGCGAGAAACCUCCGCGACAUCAUAUCCCCGACUACGGUCGCACCUGCUCCACCUGUUACCCCGAGCCCGAUUACUCACAGUUCCGGUUUGUCGCUGACGCUCCGGAAGUCCGUGACCGACUCCAACAACACGCUUAUAUCGCACUACGAUAUUGUUAAGACUGACUGCAAUCCGAGCUACGUGAGCAAACCAACGGUGGAGCCGCUGAUUGGCCGCGAUCAACCAUUGCCAACAACGACCCAAGAGCUGAUCGAUAUCCUAUCGAGCGAUGCUGAUCCCUCACAACGAGGCGGGAUCCCGAUGGAGACGAAUUCGGACGAGGAGGAGGAGGAAGAGGAGGAGGAGAUCCUGGAAGAAGAGAUUCUGCAUUAUUCGGAAGAGCCUUUGAGCGAUGUUGCGGGUGAUAAUGAGCCGGAGACAGAGCCCGAGGCGGAACCGGAGAAAGAGAUUGAUGGCGAGACUGGAACGGGCCAGACGGUGAUGGGCCAUUUGCGAGAUGAAGCUCCGACGGCGAAGACGAUGGUGGAUCAAGAUUGGUUCUCGGGCAGCGAAGAUAGCGAGAGUGCGACGGGAAAUGUGGAGAAUGAAGUACCUGUUAGUAUUCAGGAUGAACAGAUGAAUGCUGUGCUGCUGCCGUCGCCUCCUAGGAGUGAGUUGGUCUCAGUUAGCAAGCCGACUUCGAAAAAGGGCAGUAUUUUCAAAAGCAGGUCGGCUGGGACGACGAAUGGUAACAAGAGGCGGGCUUUGUAUAAACACAAGUGGUCGGGCAAUGAUAAGGAGUCGCCGGCUGCCGACGCGGGGAAUACAGAGAGCCAAAUUCCGAAUGAGGCGUCCAGUUCGCACACGGACACGAAUACGGUUGCCUUCGAGGAAGAGUUUGAGAGUGAGGAGCUCACGAGAGUUGUGACCUAUCCGGAAACGGAUAUGGACUUCACGGAUGAUCUCGAAGCUGUUACGAGUAUCCGAUGCGGAAAGAAUGUCAAGGGUUUUUACACAGUAGUGAAGAAUGUGAAGAAAGCUCACCAAAUCCAAGAAAGUGGCGAGUUCCAAGAGUUUAACGAUGAUGUCGAGUACAUUUUGGAUACUUUGCGAGAAAACAAUCCAAACGCAACUCGUUGUCUAUCAGCGAUUCGAUUAGCAAGUAAAUGUAUGGCUCCAGCUUUUCGGAUGCACGUUCGAGCUCAUGGAACCGUUGCCAAAUUCUUCAAAGCCCUUUACGAUGCAACGAAAGACCAGAGCCUUGGUUUGUGUACAGCAACAGUUAUGUUCGUUCUAAGUCAGGAUCGUCUAGCCAUGGAUUUGGAUCGUGAUUGUUUGGAACUCAUGCUUAGUUUAUUAGAAUCCGACGCAAGUCACAAGGAUGCUCUUGACGAUUGUGGCUUGAGUCGGGCUGAAUUGUUAAAAAAUAAAGAGAAAGUCCGCCAACUAUGUGCGGACAUUCAAGCUCAAGGACACGCGAAGCACCUGAAUCUUGAUAACAUUACCGUUGGGCAACUUGCGAUGGAAACUCUCCUGAGUUUAACAUCUAGACGAGCAGGCGAAUGGUUUAAGGAAGAACUUCGAGAGUUAGGGGGCCUCGAGCAUAUCGUAAAAACCAUCAGGGAUUGUCAUCGUCACAUAACUGCGAGUGAAGUUUCAAGAUCGAGCUGGAAUGAUCCCUUACUCGAUAAAUUGCGCAAGGUCGACAGAUGUUUGCGCGUUUUAGAAAACGUCACGCUUAAGAAUGAGGAGAACCAAGUGUACUUGUUAAAAUAUGAAGAUGGAAUCUUCGUGAGCACGCUGGCUAGUCUUUACCAGCUUUGUGCACGGGAAAUUCCUAUGUAUCCAAUCAUGGACCCGAGUGAUAAAAGCUCAACUGGUGCUUUAAUGAGAGAAUGCCUUCUUGUUAUUCUGAAAGUUCUGAUCAACCUCACUCAUCGGUUUAACACGCAAUCUUUUGGUAGCAAGGUGAUCGGUUCGCAGCCCGGAAUUUUAGAAUGCAGUCUCUACCUUAUUUUACGUGUUCCCGAGUCAGUGCCAGACGAGAACAGAUUCGACAUGAUGAUGCUCGCUAUGACUCUUUUGAUUAAUUUGGUGCAGCAAUGUGCGGACAAUAAGCAGUUGCUCCUCGAAUCAAAAGCCCCUCCUUUGGAUCACAUAUUUGACGACUCGGAAAGUGGAGUGGAGGCACUGAUCGAUCUCUUCUAUAAACAAGAGGAACUCGCUCGCGCUGAGGAGCAGAAAACUGAUGCCAUUUUAGAUGGGAAGAAGGACGACUCUGAACAGCCAGAAACAGUUUCGACCACCACGAAGUCUCAGGCGGAAUUUAUUGAAGAAACGGUUGCUAUGUUGUUGCAAAAGGCUGGUAAACACAUGGAACACACGUUGAUAGGUGCAUACGUUGUACUUCUACUAGGCUACUUAGUUAUGGAUAAUAAGGAUUACGAAGCCCUGGUUAGGAGUUUUCUCCCCGACAAUAAUUUCGGUACCAUGGUGGCUGUUCUCCAAAAGUUCUUCAAUUUUAUGCAAUUGACGGCAUCGAAUGAAGUAAGCAGCUGUGGCAUAGCUGCAACCGAAAAAGUAAUAAAGUUCCUAAAAAUGUCCGAUGCGAGGAUCGAGGAAGAAAAAAAUGCAUUACCACUUCCGGCACUCGAAGAUUCAAACGUGAUGCUAGACUUGAGCUUGUCUUGAUCCCAGUAAACGUCCCAGUAUCACGAGUAUCUUUAGAAGAGCAAUCGUUGAUUUCGAGACGUGCGACAGACAGCCAAAGCAGCGACGCGACGUGUGUCCAAGUGACGACAGAAUUUCAUUUUUUUUUUUUUUUAUUUUAUACUGUGGUUGGACCUCUUUUACUUUGAUUCGCAUAUUUUGAUAUAUAUUUAUUCCUUAUAUAAUUUAUUGCUGUAUUCUUAUUUUUUUCAUCGCUACGUCAUCGUACGGAUUUUAUUUCCCCACUGCAGCAGACUUAAAUAUUAAGGAUGAUAAUAAAGAGUCGUUACUUAAGUACGAAAAUAUAGGCGAUAUGUGCGUGACAGGACCAGCUCUUGUAAGUACGAAAGGCAGGGCACUUAUUGAAAAAGAUCUUUUAUUAGUGUUAAUAAGAUAUAUAAAUAUAUAUCUCGCGGGUCAAUCAACUCUUAUUGUCCAAUUUUACACCACAGUAAAUUGUGAAUACUUUUGACCAUUUUUCUUGCCACGAUCAUUGUUUAUUCCCUCCUGAUAUUUUUUUUUUACUCGUCGUAUGCUCCGCGAAUUAAUUCUACAGCGAAUGCUUUUCAUCUCAAUUCUUUUACGAAUGUGUAUACUCUGUUCUUAGAAGUAUUAGUUGAUUGACAAUGCAAGGGUCGAGCGUGGGCCAUUGAAUAUCCAAUAUAGUGUUUAUGCUGCGUAAGUUUAUUUUAAUAUUAAACUAAAGUUAAUACUAUAAGCCUUGUAAAUGUAAAUUUAUAAAUUAUAAUUGUAUCUUACA